UGCAAGAUGCCCAGUUUGAACAAAGUUCUGCUUCUUUGUGUCCUGACAUGUCUUGGACAAGAAGGACUUGGGAGUGAAAUUAUACAUGGGGAAAAGGCCAAGGACAAAACCUUGCUGUACAUGGCAUCGGUGCAGAACAAUGGAAAACAUUUUUGUGGGGGGUUCCUUAUCAGCGAAGAGUAUGUCCUCACCGCUGCCCACUGUGACAAUUCGAGCUACACCGACAUGACUGUUGUUCUUGGCACUCAUGACCUCAAGAGAGUUCAUGAUAAAACCAUGAGAUACCAAGUGCAGAGAUGCAAACAUCCUUCCUUCAAGCGGGUCUCAUCAGGGAACGACAUCAUGCUCCUCAAACUGUCUAGGAAAGCUAAACUAAGCAAAACAGUGGCAACGGUUGAACUUCAGAAAACGGCCAUCAAAGCAAAUACAAAGUGCCAUGUAGCUGGGUGGGGAAUCGAUACUCCUCGUGGUAAAGCAGGUGUUGAUGAGCUGCGAGUGGUGGACGUUUCUACCAUUGAUCUGAAGGUCUGUAAGCAGGAGUGGAAGCAGAUUCCUGCCAAUGUUAUCUGUGCAGGUGGAUAUAAGACAAACAAAGGAGCUUGUCAUGGCGAUUCUGGUGGUCCUCUGGUUUGCAAUGGGAAGGCAGUUGGCAUUGUCUCUUACGGCUAUAACUGUAACUACCCAAAUCGACCCAACGUCUAUACAGAGAUAUCAAAAUUCCUUCCUGGGAUCCAUAAGACUCUGAAGAAAAAAACAUGUGAACUGCAAUAAUGCUGCACAAUGGGCUCGCUUCAAUUUGCUGUACUCCUGUUAUAUGGUAGCAGUGCUGCAGUAUCUGAGCUGCUCUGUUAA